AUGGGUUCAGGUGACAUAGGUUCGACCGGCUUCAUCCCUGAGAAGGACUCUUUCGCCAGGCGCGAGGCUGCACACGAAGGGAUGUACAUCCGACAAAUAGAAUCGGAGAAGCUUGAGCGUCUCAAACAAAAGGUCAAGGAGCAGCGCAAGCAUAUGGAUGAACUCGACAAACAUAUCGACGAGUAUACCAAGUCUCAAGGGGGUGAACAGAACUAG